AUGAUGUUCAAUGUGUUACGCAAAUAUAAUCGAAAAUGCUGCAAUCUUGAUCGUCAUCAAUAUGAAGCUGUCUGUGGUCAAAUAAUGAAUUGUGGUAUACAUACAUGUAAAAAAUUAUGUCAUCCCAAUUUUUGUCCUGAUUGUUCAUUAUUUUAUCAAGAAAAAAAAUGUAAUUGUGGUGAAACAAUUAUAAAACCAAAAUUUACAUGUCAUAAACCUUAUUUAAAAUGUUAUGUUCAAUUAUUUUGUAAUCAACCAUGUGGUAAACUUCUUCCAUGUACAAUUCAUACAUGUCAACGUUCAUGUCAAUCAUUUGAUGAAAAAUGUAUACAACCAUGUAAUAUAAAACGACGUAUAUGUGGUCAUCCAUGUAAUUUACCAUGUCAUGGAGAUGAACCAUGUCCAGUAACAAUAUGUAAUGUAAUAAUUACAAUUCAAUGUCCAUGUGGUAAUUUAGAAAAAGAUAUUAUUUGUAAUGUUAAACCCAAUGAAACUAAUGAAGAAAAAAAUGGUAUUUGUUAUCUAAAAUCAAUUUCAUUUGGUAAAGAAGAUCCUGAUAUCAAUUUAACAUCACAAAUUGAAGCAUUAGAAAUUCAAAUAAAAAAUUUAUCAUUUGCACGAAAACCACCACAAUUAGAAUGUGAUGAUGAAUGUCGUGUUAUACAACAAAAUAGUAUUUUAACUUCAGCUUUCUCCAAUGAUUGUGAUCAACCACAACAAAUACCAAAUGUUUAUACAGAUUUUUUACUUGAUUAUGCAAAGAAAAAUUUAGAAUUUAUUCAAAAUAUUGAACAACAAUUUACUCAACUUGUUGAAGAUACUCAAGCUGCUCGACGUUUCAUACACUUUUAUUCAUUUGCACCAAUGAAAUAUAAUAAACGUCAUGUAAUUCAUGAAUUAGCAUCAUUUUAUGGUGUCAAAACAAACGCAAGUGGUCCUGAACCAAAUCGAAAAGUUAUUGUAUGUGCAUCUUGUUCCAUUUCUAUAAUUCCAUCUGUUACAUUAAGUAAAACUGUGAUGUUGACAUAA